GUCUAAACUACUUCUACUUUUGUCAUUCAGGUGAUCAGACGAUCAGUCCACCGUUUUUAUGGAAAAAUAUAAAAUAAAAAAAGAUAAAAAUUUGCUCAUAAGUAAUACCGUAUCAUUCCAGUGUUUACCCUUAUAAAUAUACUCAGUGCAAUGAGGUCACCAUUAGUAGUUAUCGCAAAGUAAACUAAGUUUGUCCGUGAAAAACAAUUUAUGUUGAAUAUUGUGAACUAUCGUUAUUUUAGUGUUUAAGAGUUGUUUUAACGACGAAGUCGUGUUAAGAAGGUCCUAAGAUGAAGUUCGCGGAGCACUUGAGUGCGCACAUAACGCCGGAGUGGCGUAAACAGUACAUCAACUAUGAGGAAAUGAAAGCGAUGCUGUAUACAGCUGUAGAAGAGGCCCCGUCAGCUGAGAAUGUUGAGCCCGAAGUUCUUUCCCGCCACUUUGCUAACUUUGAUGAAACAUUCUUCCAUUACUGUGAUCAAGAGCUCAAGAAAAUCAACACAUUUUAUUCAGAAAAACUCGCGGAAGCGACCCGUAAAUUCGCCACACUACAAAGCGAACUGAAAUCACAUUUCGAAACGAUAAAACCUAAAGGGGGUGGGGAUAGUAAAAAGGCUAUCCCCCGGCGAAAAGUCCAAGAACUGAAAUUAGCCUUUAGCGAGUUCUACUUAAGUCUCAUACUCCUACAAAACUACCAGAAUCUGAACUACACGGGCUUCAGGAAAAUAUUGAAGAAACACGACAAGUUAUUAAACGUGAGUAACGGAGCACAAUGGCGGGCGGAACACGUAGAAACCUCACAUUUCUACACGAAUAAAGACAUAGACAGACUGAUCAGCGACACGGAGGCCACGGUCACCAAUGACCUUGAGGGAGGGGACCGGCAGAAGGCCAUGAAGAAGUUGAGGGUCCCUCCGCUAGGGGAGCAACAGAGCCCCUGGACGACCUUCAAAGUGGGACUCUUUUCUGGAUCCUUUAUUGUGUUAUUCAUCACUGUUGUGCUAUCUGCAUUAUUCCACGAAGGCGGAACCGAAAAUUUCAAAACAGCGUUCAGAUUAUAUCGUGGCCCAUUCCUUUUAGUCGAAUUUAUAUUUCUAAUUGGCAUCAACGUCUACGGUUGGCGGUCGUCAGGCGUCAACCACGUUUUAAUAUUCGAGUUGGAUCCUCGGAAUCACCUCUCAGAACAGCAUUUAAUGGAACUAGCGGCGAUAUUCGGUGUGAUAUGGGCACUAAGUAUAUUAAGUUUUAUAUACAGUGCUAGCCUUAGUAUACCGCCGUUCGUGAAUCCAUUGGCUCUGGUGAUCAUAAUGUUGGCGUUUCUGAUGAAUCCCUUGAAGGUGUUUCGACAUGAAGCGCGGUUCUGGUUUUUGAGGAUAUGUGGCCGCAUCCUGGCCGCUCCGUUCGUACCAGUGCUGUUCGCGGACUUCUGGCUGGCGGACCAGUGGAACUCCUUCGCGGCGGCCUUCUUAGACUUCCAUUAUCUCAUCGCCUUCUAUGUGGCGGGCAGCGACUGGUUUAAUGUUAAUGUGACAUUUGAAAGCACGCAAUGGUUCAUAAUAACCCGCGCGCUCGUGAACGUGGUCCCGGCGUGGACCCGUUUCUUCCAGUGCCUGCGCCGGUACCGCGACAGUCGGGAGGCCUUCCCUCAUCUCGUCAACGCUGGGAAGUAUUCCACCACCUUCUUCGUGGUCCUGUUCGCCACUUUAAGGACGCUGUACAGUGGCUACUACACAGACCCAUACGACAACCCGUUCCUGUACGCGUGGUUCACGUGCCAACUGGUCUCCUCUAUAUACACGUACACGUGGGACGUCCGGAUGGAUUGGGGCUUGUUCUGCUUCGGACAGGCGGAGAACAAGUUCUUACGAGAGGAGAUCGUUUAUAGUCCUGGGUUCUACUACUUCGCGAUAGUGGAGGACUUCGUGCUGCGCUUCGUGUGGACGGUGUCGUUCGUGGUGACGGAGAACGGACUCGUCGGCGCGGAGACCAUGACCUCCAUCCUCGCGCCGCUCGAAGUAUUCCGCCGUUUCAUCUGGAACUUCUUCCGGCUGGAGAACGAGCACCUGAACAACUGCGGCAAGUUCCGCGCCGUGCGGGACAUCUCGGUGGCGCCGCUCGACUCCUCCGACCAGGCCGACAUCAUCCGCAUGAUGGACCAUCCCGAUGGCGUCAUCAAUAGAUUAUCAAAAUCAAAGAAAAACACAAAAAAGACAAAAGAGAGCGAUCGCAAGCCUCUGCUGAAGAAGGAGUCGAUACAAGACAUGCAACUGGAACUCGACUUGUCCUCCAAGAUGCUGUAACUAACUGUGAUACCUGUACUUAUACUUUAGAUGAUUAUUGUUAUAGUAUUAUACGAAAUAUAUUUAUAGCCAUUCUUAA